UACUGUGCGCUCCUGAUGACGGACGGUGUUUCUUCCCCCGCAGACGUCUGGUCGGCUGGCUGCGUGCUAGCAGAGUUGCUCCUGGGACAUCCCAUAUUCCCCGGGGACAGCGGCGUGGACCAGCUGGUGGAGAUCAUCAAGAUACUGGGCACGCCCACCAGAGAGCAGAUCCGUGAAAUGAAUCCCAACUACACAGAGUUCAAAUUCCCGCAGAUCAAAGCACAUCCGUGGACAAAAGUUUUUAAGGCCCGGACGCCCCCGGAAGCUGUGGCCCUGUGCAGCCGCCUGCUGGAGUACACCCCAACCCUGCGCCUCUCGCCCCAGGAGUCCUGCGUCCAUUCCUUCUUCAACGAGCUGCGAGACUCAAACACACGGCUGCCAAAUGGCCGGGAGCUGCCUCCCCUCCACAACCUGAACCCAGCCGAUGCUGCUCGACCCACUGACAUCCUCCCCUCCAGCAGCCUACGAGCUCCACCAGCACGUUGUCCUGGGAUGGAGCGUUCCAGAUACAGGGAGAAGCUGAGUCUGUUUUCCUUGGAGCAGAAGAGGCUGGAGUGGGAAGCUGAUAGAGGAGAAACAUCUUCAACAGAGACGAACCAGGCGUCCACCAGCAGCUCGUUCGCCAGCUGAAGCAAGGACUAGCAUCACAGUGACAGUCUGCACAGCCCUCCCCGCCCUCCUCCCCUUUUGGCCCUGUUCCUGACCCACCCCUCCCUGUCUACCCUUGCCCGUCCAUCCCCCCCUGAACCCUCCUUGUCCGCCCCUCCUGACCCCUCCUCAUCCACCCCCCAUUCCUGUCCACCCCCUCUCUCCUCCCCCACACCACCGUCUCCACUCCCCUUCCUCUCCCCCCUCCCUCCCCCUCCCUCUCCUCCUCCCUCUCCCCAUCCCUUUACACUGCUCCAUCUCCCCACCCCUCCCCUCUCUCUCCCACUUCCCCUCCUCACUCCCCCUCCUGCCCGACAUUCUCAUCCCCCACACCCCCAGCCCUCCCCCAGUAACCACCACUCCCCCCUUCCAUGGCUCCCCCCACCCCCGGGAGCCCUCUGCUGACCACUUGGACUCCUAGAACUUCCCCUCUCACUGCCCCCUUCCACCCUUCACCUACAGCCUCAAUCCCCCUCCUCAUCCCCUCUCCCCACUCCCCUUACCCCUGGCCCUUCUCAGCUCCCCGUUUACCCCUUCGCUCUGCCCCCUUUCCUUCCACCCCCAACCUCCCCUGAACCCCGUCUUUCCCCGUUCCCUUCCCUGUCCUGCCCACCCCUCCCUCCUGUCUCGCCCACCCCCACCCCUCCCUCCUUCCCUCCCGUCCUACCCACCCCCACCUCUUCCUCCCUCCCUCACUCCCCUCACUCCCUCCCUCCGUCCCACCCACCCCUCCCAACCUCCCCUCCCAUCCCACCCACCUCCACCCCUCCCUCGCACCCCUGUUUCCCCCCCCCCAACCCCCACCCCUCCCUGCCUGCUGGCUGCUCCACCACCGUCCCGCCGACAUUGGGACGGAGAGCAUGGCUCAGUCUGGGCUCUGUGCUCCCGCGUGUGUCUGCUGUCUCUCUGCUGCCUGGGGCAUUGUACAGGGUAGGCGGGUACAUUGCUGGUCACACACCCCCUCGUCUGUUGUUUUAUUUGUCUAACAUUUUAAUUAAAUCCAAAAUGGAGGUUUUUUUUU